AUGUCAGAAAAUCAGCCUCGUAAAGAAACUAUUGAAAAGCAACAAAUGACAGAAACUACUGAAAAGCAACAAAUGACAAAAGCUUCAACAACUCUUCCAGACGUAGAAACGCUUUCGUCUCUAACUAGUGUACCAUAUGUCGAUACACAUACACAUUUACACUAUGUUCUUGAUCGUCUUCCAGAAAAAUUCGGUGUUUACACUUAUCAGGAUCUCAAAGAACGCUAUUGUCCACCCAACCUAGAAGCUUGUAUCAAUGUUUUAUGUGAUCCAAUGUCUUUCACUAGUGACGAAAUAUUCCCUAAUACACAUUCUGAUUGGAAAGUUAUGGCAAGCACAUCUUUCAUAUAUCUUGCAGCAGGGGUUCAUCCACACAAUUCAAAGGAUUAUAAUGAUUAUAUUGAAAGUAAAAUGCGUAAAAUUCUUCAACAUUCGAAAACUGUCGCGCUGGGAGAAAUAGGAUUAGAUUAUCAUUAUAACAUUUCGCCUCGAGAUGUUCAAAAAAAGGUUUUUAUUAAGCAAAUAGAACUGGCCAAAGAAUUGAACAAACCCCUUGUAAUUCAUACACGUGAAGCAGAACAGGAUACCUUUGAUAUUUUAAUUAAACACGUUCCCAAGGAUUGGAAGAUUCAUGUGCAUUGUUUUACUGAUUCACCACAAUUCGCGAAAAUUUUGUUGGAUAAUUUUCCAAACCUUUACAUUGGAAUUACAGGAGUUGUAACUUUUGGAUCUGCCAGAAAUACACAAGAAACAAUUAGAUCUGUUGUACCUUUUAAUAGAUUUUUAUUAGAAACGGAUGCUCCAUACAUGAUACCAUCUAAACUCAAUAGAAACAAGAAAUCGAAAGACAAAGUUACCAUAUGUCAUUCAGGAAUGAUUCCCUUUGUGGCUCAAAGAAUUUCUGAACUUAUGAAUAAGGAUAUUGAUGAAGUGAUGCAAGCUGCCAGAGAAAAUACGAGAAAUAUGUAUGGUGUAUAA